CGGCCGUCCUGGAUGCAAACCACCAUGUUGCCCCGACUCGCCUGUCGCCAUAUUAAUGCCUUUCAUCGUUCUCUACUCAGGCCUUGCAGCGCUGUCGCAUCGUGGCGGAUCCUGUCGACAGCAGCGUCGACGACCUCUCAGAAAUCAUUUUCCGCCACCGAACCAUCUGAACAACAUGUAUACCACGGGCCUCUGAGCAACACCUUCAGACGGCUCAAGCUCUUCUCUUGGACAACUCUAGGACUCACCUCAACUAUAUCACCCUUCAUGUUCGUCAUCGAAUCCAAUUUACCGGCAAGCGCUCGACUUUCAUUGGCUACAAUCGCGGUUACGACAUCGGCAGCGAGUACGGCUAUCGUCGGAUGGGUAACCCACCCGUACGUAACUUCUCUUCGCCGGUUAGAGCCCCCGACCCCAGGAGGUGUACCCGAGAUUGAGAUGACCACAUAUUCUCUUACUCUGAAGCCAAGAAUCACCCGGGUCUACGAUCCCGAUUUUGUUAUUGAUACGUCCCGACCUUUCGCCAAAUGGGAGCUCGCCAAAUCAGUUGCUCUACCUGUCGAACGACGGCCUACAAUCCCAGUUCCAGGAAGCGAGGAAACGGUGGCGGAAACUAUGGAUUCGAACGGUGAAGUGAUCGGUAGUUGGGUGGUUCGUUGGGCGGAAAAUGGUGAAGGGACUUGCCGAUCCAUUGGCAGCGUAGUGCGACAUUUUAAUGUUCACCUUGAACUUUUACGAUAAUACUAAUCUUUGAAUUUCC